GUUCCAUCGUGACAUCGCACCCAGGAGUCGAGGAAACACUGGCUGCUUUCGUGUGGUAUCUGAAAGAAUUGAAUUUCACUUCUGUUUGAGUUUUCAUCGAAAUUUGCCCGGCUUGCUUGUGAGUUGAAUGUCCUCCAGACGAGAGUGUAAUUCAUUCCAUGCUGCUAGACGAGGGCCGAAGAGGUCCCUACGAAAAAGAAUAUCAGGAUUUUCUUGUCCGAAAACUUGUUUGAUCGUGACAAAUUUAUGUUUGACAAACAUAUACAAGUUAGGGUACUACACCAUAAGUGGGGUGGCGCCUAGCCAGCGUCAAACCUAUUGGGUACAUACGUAGUUGGCUUGCUACACAACUACUAGUCACGACAUUAUGGACAUGUUGGGGACUAGAGCCACAUGGUUGGCCAUAGCUAUCUUUUUCAUAACUGUAGUAGCCACCAAGAUCUCAAGAUGGAAAAACAAUGUCCAUCCGUUCUCGACAAGACCACUUCCUCCUGCCGUGAAUAUCCUUUCUCUCCUACCUUCACUUUUUAACAAGGGUUUUCGGGUUACAGUCAGUGAUCUAUACACAAGCUUUGGCAGUGUAUUUACAAUAAAUAUGCUUGGACCAAAGAUGACCUUGUUGGUUGGACCGGAGGUCUCAACUCAUUUCUUCCAAGGGCUGGAUUCAGAAAUUAGCCUUGGUAAUUUGGCCGAGUUCACCGUUCCCAUAUUUGGCCAAGAAGCUCUUUAUGGUGUAGAUACUUCAACUCACAGGCAGCAAAUGAACUUCAUGGUUGAUACACUAAAGCCAUCCAAUAUACGGAGCCUCGUUGAUCCCAUGUUUCAAGAAGUAGAGGCCUACUUUGCAAAGUGGGGAGAAGAUGGCAUAGUUGAUCUUAAACAUGAACUCGAACAGGUGCUCAUAUUUACCUCAAGCCGGUGCCUACUCGGAUAUGAGGUUCGAGAGACCAUGCUUGAAGAAGUAUACUCAUUGUUCAAUGAGCUUGAAAAUGGCUUCAACUUUUUCAGUCUCUUGUUCCCAUAUAUUCCAACUCCACCAAACCGCAAACGCGACAAGGCUCACAUCAGGCUGAAACAAAUAUUCAGUACAAACAUCAGGUCACGUAGAAGCUCCAACCGGGUCGAGGAGGAUGCACUUCAGAGGUUGAUGAAUUCAAAGUAUAAAGAUGGUCGCUCCACAACUGAAGCAGAAAUCUCGGGCAUGAUGAUUGCUAUGAUUUUUGCUGCAAAACACACGACCUCUAGCACUACUGUAUGGACUGGAGCCUGCAUGCUGAGCAAUACCAAGUUCUUAAUAGCUGCCGUGGAGGAGCAAAAGCAUAUCAUUAGCAAGUACAAGAACCAAAUAGGCUAUGAUGCCUUGUUAGAGAUGGAUACCCUGCAUAGAUGCAUCAAAGAGGCACUUAGGAUGCAUACUGCAGUGCCAAUGUUAGUUCGCAAGGCCCAUAAAGAAUUCAAGGUGCGGACCAAAGAAGGCAAGGAAUAUAACAUACCUGGAGGGCAUAACAUUGUAAUCCCUACGGCACUCAACAAUAAGCUGGCUUGUGUUUAUAGUGACCCUCAUGUAUAUGAUCCAGAUCGGUUUGCUCUUGGAAGAGAGGAGGACAAAGUUGGUGGCAAGUACUCUUUCACGUCAUUUAGUGGUGGAAGGCAUGCUUGCCCUGGCAUGGUCUUCGCUUACAUGCAAAUUAAGGUGAUAUGGAGCCAUCUGUUAAGAAACUUUGACCUCAAGCUAAUAUCACCAUACCCUCAGGUAGAUUGGAGCAUGAUCGGUCUAUUGCCUAAGGGGAAAGUAAUGAUAAGUUAUAAGAGACGUCAGCUGAUAUUGUAGUAGCAAUAUUUAUUUAUCAAUCUAUCUAUUUCCAUGUAAGUUAUGUGUAAUCGAUCACAUAUAAUUCCAUGUCGGGGGCCACAUACCUGUCGUGGAGGAGGCCCAAUCUGGGCACACCAGAAGUCCAGGUCGCACCAGGCAACCAACCAAUUUGAGAUAUGUGUGGCAUCACUAUCACUAGUUAAUAUUGCAUCUGUAACCAAAUGUAACACGUGAAGGUUUGGGUAUAUAUGGAAAGGUUUGCUCCCAAA